UGCUGGUAUUUUAACUCUCCCACUUUCAGGUCAUCCCAACGUCACUUCCGCUUAGGUGCCUACACUUGCAAAAAGCUUGGCGGGAGUUGGAGGUUCUAAAGCUAGUGCACCCGUUUUGUCGGUCUGGGAGUACUGUGUAGGCCAAAGGAUUGGAAAGUGAAUAUACCGGGCUUGGUGCCUCAUGCCUAUCACAGCAGGAAGCCGAAAGAUCGCCGUGAGUUGACAGCCUGCCGUACAGAGCUCACCAUGCCUACAGCUGGUAACAAAAAGAAGGCUCCUGCACCUCAGAUUUCUUGUUUAACGAGUGAAUCAACUAUACAGCUGGAUUUUUUACCUUACAAGCUCAGAGAAAAGCUGCUUCCUUUCCAAAAAGAUGGUAUCAUUUUUGCCCUCAGAAGAGAUGGCAGGUGUAUGGUGGCUGAUGAAAUGGGGCUAGGGAAGACAAUCCAGGCAAUUGCAGUUGCAUACUUCUACAAAGAGGAAUGGCCUAUGCUGAUAGUCGUCCCUUCAUCUCUGAGGUACCCUUGGACAGAAGAACUAGAAAAGUGGAUUCCAGAGCUAGAGCCUGAGGAUAUCAAUAUUAUCAUGAACAAAACUGACUUUGGGAGAAUAUCAACCAGCAGAGUGACAGUUCUAGGAUAUGGUCUAAUAACCACAGAUGCAGAGACUUUGAUGAAUGCGCUGAAUAGCCAGAACUUCCAAGUCGUGAUAGUGGAUGAAUCGCACUACAUGAAGUCCAGAACUGCUGCCCGCAGCAAGCUUCUCCUGCCCCUGGUACAGAGAGCCAGGCGAGCCAUUCUUCUUACGGGAACCCCAGCUCUAGGAAGGCCUGAGGAGCUUUUCAUGCAGAUUGAGGCUCUCUUCCCACAAAAAUUUGGGACUUGGAUCGAGUACGCUAAACGAUACUGCAAUGCACACAUCAGAUACUUUGGUAAAAGGCGUCAGUGGGAUUGUAGAGGGGCAUCAAACCUCGGUGAACUUCACCAGCUACUAAGCGACAUAAUGAUCAGAAGAUUGAAGAGUGAAGUUUUAAGCCAGCUGCCUCCUAAAGUCAGACAGCGUAUUCCAUUUGACCUUCCACCAGCAGCUGUCAAGGAACUGAAUGCCAGCUUUGAAGAAUGGCAAAAAUUAAUGAGAGCUCCAAAUUCAGGUGCCAUGGAGACGGUUAUGGGGUUGAUAACGUGCAUGUUCAAGCAGACAGCAAUUGCCAAGGCAGGUGCAGUGAAGGACUAUAUUAAGAUGUUGCUUCAGAAUGAGUCACUUAAAUUUCUGGUCUUUGCUCACCAUUUAAGUAUGCUCCAAGCUUGCACAGAAGCAGUCAUCGAAAACAAGACUCGUUACAUCAGGAUAGAUGGAAGUGUUCCAUCUUCAGAAAGGAUUCACCUGGUUAAUCAAUUUCAGAAGGACCCCAAUACUCGUGUGGCUAUCCUGAGCAUUCAGGCUGCUGGCCAGGGUUUAACAUUUACUGCUGCAAGCCAUGUUGUCUUUGCUGAGUUGUAUUGGGAUCCUGGACAUAUCAAACAAGCUGAAGACCGUGCUCACCGAAUUGGACAGUGCAGUUCUGUGAAUAUUCACUACCUUAUUGCGAAUGGUACUCUGGACAGCCUAAUGUGGGCAAUGCUGAAUCGAAAGGCUCAGGUCACUGGGAGCACACUGAAUGGCAGGAAGGAGAGACUCCAGGCUACAGAAGAUGACAAGGAAAAGUGGGGUUUUCUGCAGUUUGCCGAAGCAUGGACCCCAAGUGACAGUUGUGAAGAGCUCAGCAAGGAUGCUGUGUUCACUCAUUUCGAAAAAGAAAGACAACAUGAUAUUCGAUCAUUCUUCUUACCAAAACCGAAAAAGAGACAGUUAGAAGCAUCCUGUGAUGAACCAGAAACAUUCAAAGAGAAGACAGUAGUGGCCUCUGACCCUAGAAAACUGGAUGCAAGUGAUGACAAAAAUGGUUUUGAACCUGAAACUAAAAGGUUGAAGUCACUCAGCACCCUGGACCACAGCAGUGCCUUGGAGGAGAGACUAUCCUUGCCAGCCAAAUCCAUGGAAGAUGUCCAUGAGGUCGAGUCCAGGUUGGCCUCCCCAGCCCUUCCCAAGAAGGUCUGGCAGUGUGGCUUCUGCACGUUCAUCAAUGACUCAGCCCUUCCUUACUGUGAGAUGUGUGAGAACCCCCAGGGUAGAGCUGCUGGCCUCAACCAUAUGCAGCAUGACAACAAAAAUGAGGAAGUUGGUUCUCAAAAGAACACCUCCAAAAAUGAUCAGGCUAGCUUGGACUGUGUAAAACAACUCCCUGAACAGCCAACACCUAAGCAGCUUCCUACUAGCAAGGAAGAAGCAUUGAAUGGUGAGAAGGAAGACAGAGUGACGUCCCAGGCAGGGCAUGAUUCCCUUUUGUCUUCAUUAGAACAAUUGAAUAAUUCAGACACCCAUCCCGUGUGUGAGACCUUCAUGUUCUGUGCAAGUAGGAACACGGACCGGAUCCACCUCUAUACCAAGGAUGGAAAACCGAUGAGCUGUAAUUUCAUUCCUUUGGAUAUAAAAUUAGACCUUUGGGAAGACUUGCCAGCAAGCUUUCAACUAAAACAGAAUCGAUCACUGAUUUUGAGGUUUGUCCGAGAGUGGAAUAGUCUGACUGCCAUGAAGCAGAGGCUGAUCAGGAAAAGUGGGCAGCUGUUCUGCAGCCCAAUCCUGGCCUUGGAAGAGAUCACGAAACAACAGGCCAAAGAAAACAGUGCUAAAAGAUAUAUCACUAAAGAAGAUGUUGCCACGGCGUCCAUGAAUAAGGUGAAAGCUGAUGGUGGCCACAUCCGUCUGAUCACCAGGGAGUCCAGGCCACGGGACCCUUCUACAAAAAAGCUUGACAAAGCCUGUGUCCCAUCUCUGAAUCCCUGCCAAGCUGACCUAACUGUUGAGCCAUCCUCAUCCAAAGGCUACAUUCAGGCUGUGGAUAAGGAAGGAAAGCCACUCUGUCUCCGCUGCCAGCAUCCCACUUGCCAGCCUGUGCAAGGGUCCAAGACCAGCACCUGGGACUCACGGUUCUGCUCCCUGAAGUGCCAGGAAGAAUUCUGGAUCCGAUCCAAUAACAGUUACCUGAGGGCCCAGGUGUUUGCAACAGAGCAUGGUGUGUGUCAGCUGUGCAGCAUGAAUGCACAGGAACUCUUUCUUCGAGUAAGAGAUGCUCCUAAAAGUCAGAGGAAGAAUCUUCUAGAUGCUGCCUGGACUGCAAAGCUCCCAUUGGAGCAGCUAAAUGAAAUGCUGAGAAACCCAGCAGAAGGUCACUUCUGGCAGGUGGAUCACAUCAAGCCAGUGUAUGAGGGAGGGGGACAGUGCUCCCUGGACAACCUGCAGACUCUCUGCACGGUGUGCCACAAGGAGAGAACCGCCCAACAAGCCAAGGAAAGGAUGCAGGCGAGACGACGCUCCCUGGCAUUGAAGCAUGGGUCAGACAUCACUCGGUUUCUGGUGAAGAAGCAGACAGAGGUGUAAACAGAGCAAAUGACUUGCAGGUAGAGGGACUUGACAUUUCAUGUUUGUCUAGUGUUUUAAGAGAGUGCAAAGUCUUUAAACAUAAUCAAGAACUGAGAUUUAGAUUUUGUGCUAAAGUACUCUUUGUGUUAAGCACCCGGCAGGAACUGAGGUGUGAAAGGGAAGCAUUUCUGUGGUCUUGUGGGCUUCAUGCAGAUUGCCAAUUAUGUUUCAGCAAGAUUUUGUUCGGCCUCAGUUUCCCCUGCACACCUUCACCACUUCAUUGUACAUAGAUAAUAUGCGAUAAAUAUAUUCCCAGUCAACUGACAGUUGCUUCUUGAUGAGUGUUGGUUCUGGAUUGUGAGGUAUCAAUGGAACAUUCCAGAAAAAUCAGGGAAAUUUUGGAUGUAAGCCUUCAUUACUGUUGAAUUCUGGGCAGAGCAUGAUUAGCCUGCUUCCUGUACAAGAAGCUCCACAACAGGGUUGGGUGUGUGGUGGGGAUGUUGCCUCCUUCUGGGCUGGUUAUCUUUAUUGAAAAGAUACUUUUAAAUAAACUAAUUGUGACCAUGGUAUCUGUGUAGAAUUUGUGUGCUCCAAGCAAUCGUGAGAACAAAUGAUAGAACAUAAAGCAUAAUGUCACCAAAGCCUGUGGCCUAGAAUUCUGUUUUCAUGCUGGUUUACUUUUUGCAUUUUGUUUUGUUUUUAUGGGUAAAACCAGGCUAAUUGUCAAAAGA